AUGAUACCGAUCACUAAUACAUCCAUUCCAACAUCAGCGUCAUCAUCUGCACUUAACACUUCGCCUUCACCUGUCCGAGCACGUUUUGCUUCACUAUACGGACACAGAUCUGCCCUUGGCACCACGACAUCAUGUGAACAGCAAAAAAUGAUCUUGCCCACUCGAGUUAAGGGAGAAAAACUUGUUCGACACAUGGAAUCCUCCCCAGAUAACACAGAGGACAUAAGUCACUCGGCUUCUGGAAGUGCCGUAUUAGCGGCUGCUAACAAAGAGCAUGCAGGCUCAGCAGAACCACAAGAAGGAGAAGAGAAAACUCCAGCAAGAUUCCAAGAUGAUGAUGUAGAAUCUCGGAUGCCUCUUGAGCGUAGUAAUCACAAAAACAGUGUUCGGGAGGGACCACCUGACUCAAUUUUACGACUGAAUAUCGGAGGAAGUAGUUAUAGAAUAAGAACAAGAUCAAUCAUCAAGUUUGGUCCUAAAACACUAUUAGGGCGUUUCGUGCGUAUGAACCAUGAACAUCGUAGACAAUGGGCAGAUUGGUACUUUGAAGAGCAGGAUGAAUACUUUUUCGAAAGAGUACCAAGAUACUUUGAUCCUAUUUAUGAUUUCUAUGCUACCGGGAAGCUCCAUGUGCCUAAGGAUUUGUGCUUCGACAAGUUCAUGGCGGAACUUCGUUUUUGGGCUGUAUCCAAAUCCCGUAUGGAUGAGUGUUGCUCACCUUUCACACAAUACUGUGUAACAAUGGACCCUCGCUCACAGGAAAAAGAUCACUUCAUUGGAGUCCGAUGUGCGAACGUGAGAAGACGCUUGUGGCUCGUUCUCGAAGGGCACACGAACUCGAGAUGGUGGAAAGCGUUUGAAGUUAUUUCAACAGCUUUCGUGGUUCUUAGUAUAUCGGCAUUGAUUCUUGGAUCUAUACCGGAGUUCCAAGUUCCUCAAAAAACAGAAGAUGGUCAGCUUGUAUAUGCUACAGCUACAUAUCCAACGUAUCCAAAUUCGGGAGGUGGAAUGACUGAAUCACGUACCAUAAUGAGAGACCGCGCAGAAAAUCAGGUGGAAAUGACAGAACACCCUGUUUUCACCUGGGUGGAGAACUUGUGUGUUAUCUACUUCUCAAUAGAAUAUGCUGUGCGGUUUAUCGUGGCUCCAAGAAAACUCGCGUUCGCUCGUCAAGUCCUUAACAUCAUCGAUCUCCUAUCCAUUGCUCCAUUUUACUUCGAAAUGCUUCUACUGCUGUGCGGAAUUUCUGGAGAAAAUGUUCGUAAAGUUCGUUGGGCUUUCCUUACCGUUCGUUUAUUACGUGUCUUGAGAGUUAUUCGUAUUGCAAAACUGGGAAGAUUCUCACCAGGUCUGGCAAACUUCGCUCUGACGAUUCGCAAAUCCAAAAAGCAGAUGCAAAUGGUUGGAGUUGUGAUGAUAACUGUAGUCAUUUUCUUCUCCACGCUAAUCUAUUUCCUAGAGAGAGACGAGCCUGAUACGAAGUUCACCUCUAUUCCUGCCACAUUCUGGUGGUGUGUGGUGACAAUGGCCACUGUUGGAUACGGGGAUUUAGUACCUGUGACAGUGGCAGGAAAAUUAGUUGGUAGUGGGGCAAUUGUAUGCGGAGUUAUGGUUUUAGCUCUGCCCAUAACAAUUAUGGUUAACAAUUUUAUGCAAGUUGUUAAACUUCGGGAGGAGAAAAUAGUGAAGAAGUAUGCUCAGCAGCAUGGGGACCACGUAUGA